GUUUCGCGGUUGUGGGUUGAAAAACGACCAUCUCAAUCGCGUGUUUACAAAUCUCAACCGGUGAAAUUAUCAGUUAAAUCGUAUAAAUUUUGAUCAGUAAUUCUUACUUUUUCCUCCUCCAGUGUAAAUUUAAUCUUGUAAAAUUUUACUGUACUAUUGGUUUCCAUUUUUAACCCGUAUUUUCAACGUGAGAACAUUCGUUGUGUCUGCACCGUAAGUUUGAGACUAGAAUAAUCAUGGAGAUUUCAGAAGAAAAUAUGAUGUCCUUGUCCAACUACCUCCAGCAGACCCUGAGUGUCGAUAUAAAUGUUCGAAGGCCCGCUGAAAAGUUUUUGGAGUCAGUAGAAGGGAAUCAAAACUAUCCGUUAUUGAUGCUGCACGUCGUAGAUAAACAAACGGUAGACAUGACUAUCCGCAUAGCUGGAGCAGUAGCGUUCAAAAAUUACAUCAAAAGAAAUUGGAAAGUGGAAGAAGACGGAAGGGGUGAUAGAAUCCAUGCAAUGGACCGUAAAGCUAUCAAAGGUCUCAUUAUAAAUUUAAUGUUACAUUCUCCUGGCCCAAUCCAGAAGCAGUUGAGUGAUGCUGUCUCUAUAAUUGGUCGCCACGACUUUCCUGACAAGUGGCCCAAUUUGUUAACAGAGAUGAUAGACAAGUUCAAUUCUGGUGAUUUUCACAUCAUCAAUGGAGUUUUGCACACAGCUCACUCUCUUUUCAAACGUUACCGCCAUGAAUUCAAGUCGCAAGAACUUUGGACCGAAAUUAAAUUUGUUUUAGAUAAAUUUGCAAAGCCAUUAACAGAAUUGUUUGUUGCAACAAAUCAAUUGACAGCAACACAUGCUACAAACAGAGAAGCUCUUGAAAUUAUUUAUAAUUCUUUACUUGUGAUCUCCAAAAUUUUCUAUUCUUUGAAUUUCCAGGAUUUACCAGAAUUUUUUGAAGACAACAUGUCCGUCUGGAUGCCUCACUUUCACGCUUUGUUAAUCACUGAUAUUCCACUUCUUCAUGCUGAUGAUGAUAGUGAUCCAGGAGUAAUGGAAUUAUUAAAGUCGCAGAUUUGCAGUAACAUUGAACUUUACGCGCAGAAGUAUGAUGAAGAGUUCCAGUCGUAUCUACCGGAUUUUGUGAAAGCAGUUUGGAAUUUAUUAGUUACCACUGGACAGCAACCUAAAUAUGAUACACUUGUCAGCAAUGCUUUACAGUUCCUUGCAACAGUAGCAAAUCGGUCCCAAUAUCAACAUCUAUUUCAAGAUGAAAAUGUUCUGAGCAGCAUCUGUGAAAAAGUUGUGAUUCCUAACAUGGAGUUCCGAGUGAGUGAUGAGGAAUUAUUUGAAGAUAAUGCUGAGGAGUACAUCAGAAGAGAUAUCGAAGGAUCGGAUGUUGAUACGAGAAGACGAGCAGCCUGUGAUCUGGUCAAAGUUUUAUCAAAGUAUUUCGAGGAAAAAAUCAUGUCGAUAUUUGGAGCCUACGUUCAGACAAUGUUAGCAGCAUAUGAUCAGAACCAGGCCAACUGGAAGAGCAAGGAUGUUGCCCUGUACUUAGUUACAUCAUUAGCAAGCAAGGGUCAGACACAGAAGCACGGAGUCACUCAAAGUAGUCAGUUGGUUAACCUUGAAGAAUUUGCGGGCAAACACAUUUUACCAGAAUUAGCCAAGGAUGAUGUUAAUGGCCCCUCACCUGUUUUGAAAGCUGAUGUCAUCAAGUAUAUCAUGAUUUUCCGAUCGGUCCUGCGCACAGAUGUAGUCAUCAGUACAAUGCCUCAACUAAUCAAGUAUUUAAAAUCAGAUAGCAUAGUAGUUCAUACAUAUGCUGCUUGCACUAUCGAAAAAAUUCUUCUCAUGAAAGCCCCUAACGGAGGCGCUCCCAUAAUAAGCAGUGAAACCCUUGCUCCGAUCGCUAACGACUUGAUCAGUGGCCUAAUGUCAGUCCUGGAUAAACAAGGCUCCGAAGAAAACGAGUAUGUCAUGAAAGGCAUCAUGAGAAGUUUAUCAGCCCUCCAAGAAGCGGCCAUUCCGUACCUAGCAGACCUUGUUCCAAAACUCACUCAUAAAUUAAAAGCCGUGGCCAAAAAUCCUAGUAAACCGCAUUUCAAUCAUUACCUAUUUGAGACUCUAGUUUUAUCGAUAAGAAUAGUCUGCAAGCAAAACCCUGGAGCUGUCCAAAUGUUUGAGGCAGCUUUGUUCCCAAUUUUCCAUGAAAUGUUAGUCCAAGAUGUACAAGAAUUCAUGCCGUAUGUUUUUCAAAUUUUAUCACUUCUUCUAGAACUUCACGAAAGGGGUCAGAUCUCAGAAAUGUACGUAGAGUUGUAUCCAUUUUUAUUAUCACCGAUUCUAUGGGAGAGAACCGGAAACAUCCAUCCACUGGUCAGGUUACUUAGGGCUUUUAUCAUGAAAUGUGAGCCUACCCAAAUGGAAUCCAUGUUGAAGAUCCAAGGACUCUUGGGCGUUUUCCAGAAAUUGAUCGCGUCAAAAGCAAACGAUCAUGAAGGAUUUCUUCUGAUGCAGAGUUUAAUCGAAUUUUGUCCCAACGAGCUGUUAAACCCCUUCAUGAAGCAGGUCUUCAUUCUCUUGUUCCAGCGAUUAUCCUCCUCGAAAACAACAAAAUAUGUCAAAGGAUUGAUCACAUUUUUCUGCUUCUAUGCGAUAAACUACGGUGCCAAUAGUCUGAUUCAAAUGAUCGAUGGAAUCCAACCUCAAAUGUUCGGAAUGGUUUUAGAGAAGGUUGUUUUAACGGAUGUUCAAAAGGUUUCAGGCCCCGUAGAAAGGAAGAUUGCUGCAGUAGGUAUCACGAAGUUACUUUGCGAAGCCCCAGCUAUGUUAGAACAACCGUAUGCACAAUUCUGGUGUCCACUAUUGAAAUCUAUUAUAAGUAUUUUCGAACUUCCCCAAGACGACACAACGCAACCAGAAGAUAACUUUGCAGACAUGGAAGAUUUGCAAGGUUAUGAAGUUGCGUACUCUCAGCUAUCCUUCGCCAGCAAAACAACCUAUGACCCUCUUCAGGGUAUUGGUGAUGCAAGGUGCCAUCUAGCUCAGUCAUUAUCACAGCUUUGCGCCACAGCUCCAGGGAAAAUUCCAUCAGUUCUAUCUAGUGGUCUCUCAGAAGUAGAGAUGCAACAUUUGCAACAAUAUCUAACUGCAGCAAACGUCCAACUAAGCUAGUAGGUUUAUUAGCCAGCUUUUAAAGAUUGACAAAUCUGCCUGUAGGAAGUAAUUUCACAGCAGGAAAAUUGCACUAUGUUCGAUCCAGUUUGAUACAGAAACUUCUCAGUGACCACUCAAAACAAAUUAAGGGAGGAAGAAACUAUUUUUAGCACUUUUGAAGAAAUUAUACUUACAGUGUAUCAUGAUCUGUGAAAACUGAACAUUUGGAUCUGUCAGGGCAUUGUUUUGUCUAAACUUUUGAUGUGUGAUACUUAAAACUUUCCAAGUCAUCAGAAGUAAUAUCCAAUGAAUUUUUCAUAUUCUGGUAGAUUCUUGGUAACCACUCUUUCUUUUCCGUAAAUCUUUUGAAUUUAAAAUAAUCAACAAAAAAUCAAUUUUAACUCUUGAGUAAUUUUUUUUAUCAUAAAAUAUGAACAGUGGAACAUAAGUAAACAAAGUAAGUAAAGUAAACAUAAGUAAACAAAAUGUAUUCGUAAGUAACAUGUGCUUCGAGUUUUCGAGUUUCUUGGCAACUGAGAAUUUUUGGUUCACAAACUUUCAGAGUUUUUGGUGCAUGCUCCAUUAAUUUUGCACCUUUUAAUUGCAUUUUCUCCCAACAGAAUUCACCAAAA